CGGUUAACUGGUUGAAAGAUUUAAAAAGACAUAUUCACAGCUGGCAGCUCGUAAUUGGCUGGCUAGUGAUGACAAUAGUCCCCACACAUCUUGUAAGCACAUGACAACAUGACUUUUCAUCUCUUUGCUCUUAUCCUUGAAAACAAUCUAGAAACUUGAUAUUUUUCAAUGGCUGUUGUACCACUUCAGACCAAACAUACUCUAAGUCGCAUCACCAACAACAUCCCAACAAGUCACCGUCCAUCGCUUCUCCGUCUACGUGUCACGUGCUCAGUUACUACCACCACCAAGUCUCGCCCUACCCGUGAGAACCUUGUGGUUGUGAAUCCUCCUCUCUCCACUGACACAGCUUUGCAAUCGUCAUGGACCCGCCGCUUAUGGGUUUCAGCUGGCUGCACCACCGUCUUUGUCUCUUUUGCCAAAUCUAUCAUUGGAGGGUUUGGUUCUAACCUUUGGCUCGAGCCAGCUUUAGCCGGUUUUGGCGGAUACAUCUUAGCAGAUCUAGGCUCUGGUUUGUAUCACUGGGCCACCGAUAACUACGGAGAUGGUUCAACGCCUCUAGUAGGAACCCACGUCCAAGAUUCUUUUGAUCACCACGAGUGCCCUUGGACAAUCACCGAGCGGCAAUUUGCAAACAAUCUACACUUUCUGGCUCGUGGCACAACCCUGAUGGUUCUCCCACUAGACCUUGCGUUUGAUGACCAUGUGUUUCAUGGCUUCGUAAGCACGUUUGCGUUUUGCGUAUUGUUUUGCCAGCAGUUUCAUGUUUGGGCUCAUGGGAGCAAGAGCGAGCUUCCACCUCUUGUGGUGGCGUUGCAGGACAUUGGACUGCUUGUUUCACGAGAGAGGCACGUGGAGCAUCACCGAGCACCGUAUAAUAACAAUUACUGUGUAGUGAGUGGGGUAUGGAACAAGGUUUUGGAUGAAAGUAAGUUCUUUGAAGCGUUGGAGAUGGUGGUGUAUUUCAAGCUCGGGAUGAAGCCAAGGUCAUGGAUCAAUCCAAACUCGGAGUGGACAGAAGAAACUGAGAUAACUAAUUGUUGACAUAUCUCUUUGCAUUAUUGGUUUAGUGUUUACUUUGACCAGUUUUGGUUAUGUAGAGGUCUAUUAGUACCUUUUAAAUGUUGGUGUUAGUAACUUUUAGAGAAUAAAAGUAAAAAAUU